GCACUGCCAUCUUUGAUUUGCGCGACAGGCCGCGGCGGCGCGAGCGGGGGCCUCUCUAUCUCUCUCUACCGUCUCAGUCAAGUCAACGGGGAGGAGAAAAAAAGGUGAAGAAGAAGAGGAAAAAAAAUAUAUCAAGCGAAGCCACCGGGCCUGUCCGGUUUUGUUUUGUUUUGUUUUGUUCUUUUCACACACGUUAAAGAAAGAGAAAAGCCACUGGACCGACCUUGCUUUUUGGAAGGAGCUUGUAAGAUCUGGCUAAUCAGUGUUAGCGUUAGCAUUAGCAUCGCUUUUGUAAUCCAGCAGUAGCCGCUCGGACACGCGUGCAAACUCGGACGGGGCGAAGAGGCCUUCGGGAAAAGUCUGCGACGGGACCGGGGGAAACAGGAGCCUGGUUCUGAGGGGUGAGACCGGAGGACCAGACUCAAUGAGUUUCCAGCGAAAUGUCAGAGAAGUCAGGGCAGAGCACCAAGGCAAAGGAUGGCAAGACCAAGUAUGCAACCCUUAGCCUCUUCAACACUUACAAGGGCAAGUCUCUGGAGACCCAGAAAACCGCAGUCGCUGCCAGACAUGGACUCCAGAGUUUGGGCAAAGUUGCGGUCAGUCGGCGUAUGCCCCCUCCAGCCAACCUGCCCAGUCUGAAGGCUGAAAAUAAAGGCAAUGACCCCAAUGUCAGCAUUGUUCCCAAGGAUGGCAGUGGUUGGGCCUCAAAACAGGACCAGGCUGGAGAAGAACGGCAACAAGAGACUCCUCCACCACAACCAAAGCCUCCAGUCUCUCAGGUCUCUGAAAAUCCUCUGGGCAGCCGCUCUUGGGCCAAUAACAAGCAGCCCGGACCAGUGGAUGCAGCUCCAAGAGUAAGCAGCCAGUUCCAUCAGGAGUUCCCCAGCUUACAAGCAGCAGGUGAGGCAGAGAAAUCAGGCGAGCAAGAGGAAGAGCCGUAUGGACCGGGUCCCAGCCUCAGACCCCAAAAUGUUGGCAGCUGGCGUGAAGGUGGGGGUCGGAACUUGAACGUGGCUCCCGGCCAUACUGAGAUGGACGGCAAGGCUAAUGAGGAAGCAGGACAGGGACGUGGCACUCCUUCCCCAACAGGAGACACGGAUGUGGCAGGGAAACCCUCCUCUGUGGACAGCAGGGAAAAGAAAGACUCCAGAGACAAACCUUCUGCUCCCGCCUCACAGCACAAACUCAACGGUGGACAGCAGCCACCCGGAGGAGACCCUUCCCAGUUUCAUGCUCAGUUUAGAAGCAUGAUGCCACCUUAUAUGUUCCAUGCCUACCCUCGUAUGCCUUAUGCACCUGUACAAGGAAACUUCAGAUACCCAGGGCAGCAAGAUGGAGCGAAGGGUCCAAGGCCUAGUGGAAGACCUGUCCAGCCUCCUCCACAGGCCUGGCUUCAGGAUCCAGACCGACCCUCAAUUAUUAGUGCUUCUGAACUGAAAGAGCUUGACAAUCUAGACACCGAUGCUGAUGAGGGUUGGGCUGGUGCUCAGAUGGAAGUUGACUAUACAGAGAAACUGAAUUUUAGUGACGAUGAGGAUCAUGCAGCCAAGGAGAAAGGAGACAACUGGGAGUGGGUAAAUAAGGUGGACCGCAUACGAUCGCGCAACAAAGAUACCCAGGAGGGUUGGAAAGAAGGUGGGGAGGAAAGAAGUGAGUGCAAGAACUCGUGGGGAGACGGCGGGGAGCCUAGAGCUUCCUCACCAGGCAGUGGAACGCAAUGCAGCAAAAAAGGACAGUCCCAAGACUACCAGACUGGAAGGUCUGCAGGAACUGGUGCAGCUCGUGUAUUGAAACCUUCCACAGCUUAUGGUGGUGGUGAGGAUGACUCAGAGGCCUGGCGACAGAAACGUAAGAAGCAGUCUGAAAUCUCUGAGGCUGUGGAGCGCGCUCGGAGGCGCCGUGAGGAAGAGGAGAGGCGUAUGGAGGAGCAGAGGCUAGCGGCCUGUGCCGAGAAACUCAAACGCCUUAAUGAAAAACUGCGGCCUGCUGCUACUCCGGAAGCACCGAAAUCUACUGUGCCUCUCCAGAGCAAUGAGUCGGAGGCUGAAAUAUUGCCAGUCUUGCCUGCUGAACCCUCGUCCACUCAUCCUGCUCCUGUACAGCAACCCCUCUCAUCUGUGCCUAUACCUUCCAAUGACGGGCCAGAGCCAAGUGUGGAGGAGGAGCCACAGUUUGUUACCAGGCAACCCAGCCCUCCUCCCCAAAGGACUGUUAGCGAAUCGCAGGAAGCCGAAGUGGAUGUUGCAGUUGCAGUAGUUGAGGAGGUACAGGUGGAAAGACAACCAAUUAGAGACUACUUUAACCCAGAAGAGUGCAGAGUAGAGGAGCCUCAGGUGACUCGACUUGAUCACACGGUCAAUGAGGAAAUGCCCCAUCCACAGCUGGAGAAUGAGGGUGAGGCAGGAGCCACAAUUCGCCCCUCAGUCCCGUCUGGUUACUCCAAACAGUUCCAGAAAUCUCUCCCACCCCGCUUUCUUAGACAGCAGGAGCAGUUGAAGCAACAGCAGUGGCAGCAGCAACAGCAGCAGACCGGUGGAGGCACGGUGUCCCCCUCAGGGGGGUCAGUGCCCCCUCAGCACCGCUCUCUCUAUCAGCCAAUAGGUCCACAUCACCAACACUUGGCCUCCAUUGGGUUUGACCCACGCUGGCUGAUGAUGCAGUCAUAUAUGGACCCACGUAUGAUGUCUGGACGCCCACCUAUGGAUAUGCCUCCCAUGCAUCCAGGAAGAAUGCCUCCGAAACAGAUGGUCUGCCGAGAGCCCACUGAUAAUAGCAGUUCUGGUUCAGAUUCCUUUGAUCACAGACCGAUUAGAGAGCAUGGGAUAACCAGUGAGCCUCGAAUGGUGUGGGGUUCUGACCCUUACCCUCAAACUGAGCCCUUAACAUCUGCAACACCUCCUAAAGUACAGGAGAACUGCAAGGAGCCAAGACUGGAGGCAGGUCUGGACCUGGAAAGGGGACUGUCAUCGGUGUAUCCUCAGGAGCACAGCACGCUGGAAACGAGGGGAAAGAAAGACUUUUUCAGAGACUCACCUGAGCCGCUGUCCACUUUUAGUCAUGUAUCAGAAGAGGUGCCAGGUCUGCUACAUACAGACAGAGCCCCUGCCGUCUCUUCCUUUGAAUCUGAGGUAGCCACGCUUUCUGGAGGAGAGGACGUUGAGGCCAUUGGGCAGGCUGUUCUGAAGAGGACUGUUUCUCAAGGGUCAAGUCACUCUCUUAAAUUGGAGGAGCCCAGGUUUGAAGCUGUUACUAUAGUCCAGAAGACUGUGGAUCUCCCCGAAGCUGCAGAAAGAUUAGAGGAUAUUUCCAGGAAGGAGCCCAUUGGCCAGGGGUCUGUGAUUAACAACCGUGCGACUCCACCUACUUCUACUGAUGGUAUGCACAAAGCAGACAAGCUGCCUCUACAGGCACCUGGUAAACAGAAGGGCGAGUUACGCUGGGGGUCUCGCGGAGGGAGAAGAGAAGGAGCUGGUGGAGAGAGGCCAGUUAGGAGGUCAGGGCCCAUAAAGAAGCCCAUCCUGCGGGACAUGAAAGAGGAACGGGAGCAGAGGCGAGAGAAAGAGGAGCGUCAUGAGCGAGGGGAUCGGUCUAAAAAAGAAAGCACUGUUCUUAAAAAACCCUUGACUGCUGGAACUACGAUGUUGGAUAGCCAGAAGUUUUCCAAUGAAGGGACAAAAGAGAUUAUGGCUGGACCAGAAGAAGGAAUAGCACCUACUGUUCAUAAAACGAGAGAGCCCCAGACACCCUUAGGCACAACAGCCAACACUACCCAGGAGGAAAAGCAAAGCAAACCACCACUCGGUGAUAAACGCCUUGAACCCAAACUAUCUUCUCGAAAAGAAUCCAAUCUGUCACGAGCUAAUCGGAGAGAAGAGAGGGAGAGGGAAAGAGAGAGGGACAGGGAUGGGGAGAGGGAAAGGGAGAGGGAAAGGGACAGGGAGCAUGACUGGCCUGCUGAUGCUAACUUCAAAGGGCGGGGUCGGGGCGAGUACUACUCACGUGGGCGUAGUUAUCGAGGCAGCUACAGUGGAAGAGGACGAGGUGGCCGUGGGCGAAGUCGCCCUGAGCGUGUUGAGUACGCGUACCGAGAGCCGCGCUCCCGUCCUGACCUCCUGAGCGCCACUGCAGGUUUCCGGUGCCGUGAGGAAAGUGAGACUCGCAGUGAAAGUUCAGAUUUUGAAGUGAUGCCCAAACGCAGGCGAAGGAGAGGAUCAGACACUGACUCUGAGAGUGAGGGCAGAGAAUCUGCCAGUGAUACCGGGCCUUCUGACCGUGAGCCCACUGCUAAGCCUAAUAGACCUCUGCGUCGUGAACUGCCUGAUUCUCGCCCCCUUACAAAAGCUGCUUCUGGUUUUAGACCUGGGCAUUUACCAGAUAGACCUGGGCCUCGGGAAGAGGAUGGUCGGCCUAAACCUGGAUUUCUUCCUAAGGGGGAACCAAUGAGACGUGGUAGAGGAGGACUGUACAACCGGCGAGGUGGUGGCAGAGAGAGGGUUGCCAACCGGACUGCUCCUAUGCGUCGGGCUGGGGUGAGGGAGAACCUGCCUUGGCCUUCCAAACCUAUGGAGACAUUUAGGCCAGAGGAAGCAGAGGCAUCUCGCAUGGAUGGCACAGCCUCUGAGCAGCGAUUGCCCAAACACGAGGGCAAGAAAUUAAGAGAAGCUGGACAAAGCACUCGAGAGAGACCUCGGCGGCCGAGACCAGCGAGACCCCCCAGACAGGAUAAACCACCACGGUUUAGGAGACUUAAAGAACGUGAAGCAGCAAUCAUAGCAGGUGAAGCAGCAACUGUUGCAGCAACACAGUUGCCUGCUCUGGUCUCUGAUUCUGUUUCUGCAGCAGUGUCCAAAGCUCCAGGUAUGUCCAUCACCCUUUCCGAAGGUCCUUCUAUAGUGCCCACAGCAUCCAUUACCACGGUCCCCACUCCUGCUGAGGUUCCUGUAACAGCGGCUGUACUUCAAGAAACAGGAACCACCAUAGUGGUUGCUGCUGGCAGCAAAUCACCAGACUUGUCUAAUCAAAACUCUUCAGACCAGGCCAACGAGGAGUGGGAGACUGCUUCUGAAAGUAGUGAUUUUAAUGAGAGGAGAGAACGAGAAGAGAGAAAGGGUGCGCUUGAUGCUGUGGUUGCUGUUACAUCAUCCUCAUCAUCUGCACCUCCCCAAACCAUGGGAGUCCAGAGCAAAUCUCCUGCAGAGGCAGGGCAAACUCCGAAACGUGAGGCAAUUCCUGCAGCCAAAAGGAGCUUCUCCAGUCAAAGGCCAGGAGACCGACAAAAUCGGAGGGGUAACCCUGGUGCAAAGGCGGCUGGUAGAGGGUACACAGGGGGCAAGGGUGAGCGUAGAGGAGGUUCAGGAGCCAAAUCCGGACGCAGGGGUGUUUCUGCUCAAAGUGCAGAUGCUUCCCAGACUGGAGCAAAUCAUAAGUCUAGUAAAGAUCCAGCACCUGCCCGCCGUAAAGAGGAGUCCAAGCAACCGGUCAAAAAACCUAAGGAGAAGGAGAACGCAUUAUCCCAGUUUGACCUUAACAAUUAUGCCAGUGUGGUAAUCAUUGACGAUCAUCCAGAGGUGACUACCUUGGAGGACCCGCAGUCCAACACUAAUGAUGAUGGCUUCACCGAGGUGGUCUCUCGAAAGCAGCAGAAACGCCUGCAGGAUGAAGAAAGGAGAAAGAAAGAGGAGCAGACUGUUCAGAACUGGGGUAAAAAAAGCUCUGGAGAAAAGGGCAGGGGUGGAGGUGGUUCCAAACUGCCACCACGGUUUGCCAGAAAACAGCAACAAGCAUCAGCUCCAUCACAGCAGCAGCCUGCAUCUACAGCCCAUCAGAUUCAGACCUCCUCUCAGCCACCUCCACAGUCUCAGCCACAACAAUCAAUCGCCGUCUCCCAGCACAGCCUUUCUGCCCAGACCCAGACUACCGCAUCUUCUCAACCUUUAGAGGGUGCUGUGGCCCCUCUGCCACCUGCAUCUGUGGACUUUUCCACUAAAACCCAGCCACACAGCACCCUGGGCACUGAACUGUGGGAGAAUAAAGUGGCUGGCUCCACUGUUCUUACUGAUGUCAAGAAACUCGGGCCCAUCAGCCCCCCUCAGCCACCCUCAGUCAGUGCCUGGAAUAAACCUCUUACCUCUUUUGCUGGCACUGUGACAGCUGAAGGUGUGAAGGCAGCAACAGACAGCAGUGUUGAACUUGGCAUGGAACGUAUCCAGUUCGGUGCUCCUUCAUCAGCAGGUAGUACAGACAGUGAUGGAGCACCAGCAAUGCUGGAAAAAACAUCAGACAAUAAACUGCCUGAACCCAAAGAACAGAGACAGAAACAACCUCGUGCUGGACCUAUCAAACCCCAAAAGCUGCCUGACAUUGCUGCUCCCGAGCAGAAGGAGUACAAACCUGGUCCAAUCGGUAAGGAGCGCUCACUAAAGAACCGGAAGGCCAAAGACGGGCGGCAAUCAGAAGGAGAUGUGUUAGAAAAGAGUGGUCCUGGUUGCAACAGGGAAAGAGACACCAGCUCUCCUGCUCAGGACAAGGUUCCAGAAUUAGGAGGAGAUAUUGAAGGCAUGAUCACGGUACCCUCAGCUGAAUAUUCAAGCAGUACCAAGGAAUCUGUGACUGACUACACUACUCCGUCCUCUUCGCUGGCUGACGCUGUGGCUACUGGUGGAAGCAAGAUGGAGGAGAGCAUAGUUGCUAAUGUGGCACUGCCUCCCUCACUCCCCCUGCCUCGUAGAGAAACCCUGCAGCAGACCUCUAGCCUGAGCACGGUUUCUCCUGCUACAGUGGACCUCACGCUAAAGAUGGAGUCAGCUCGUAAGGCAUGGGAGAACUCUCCAAGUCUGGGAGAGAAGAGCUCUCCUGUCACCUCUUCUGCUUCUCCUAUCACCAGCGGAGGAGGUGCAGGCAGUGCUUCUUUCAGCUCCUUUUCCAGUGCCUCCAUGCCCCAGAUCCCUGUUGCUUCAGUGACACCCAGCACCUCAUUGUCAGGUUCAUCCACUUACACCACGUCAUCUUUGAGCACCAAGACCACAUCUUCGUCAGACCCUCCUAACAUAUGUAAGGUGAAACCACAGCAGCUGCAGAUUUCAGGAAUGUCCAACAGCAACUUCUCCCAGCUCGGUUGUGUACAGUCUUUGUUACCGCAGCAGCAGACUCCACAGGUCUUUGUGUCUCAGUCUGCAGCAGGUUCUGCUGCACAGAUCUCAGCCUACUAUAUGGACACCAGCCAUCUAUUUAGCACACCGCAUGCUCGCAUGCCUCCUCCACCCAUAGCCCAGCAGCAAGGCUUUCAGCCUGGACUCUCACAGCCUACAGCAGUGCAGCAGAUUCCUAUCCCAAUCUACGCCUCUCUUCAGGGUCAGCCACAGCAUCAGGCUCCGCUCGGCCUCAGCACCGGCCCUCCAGUAUCUCAGCCGCAAGACCUCUUUAGCUCCUCAAUGCAGCCUUACAGGUCUCAGCAGGCUUUCAUGCAGAACAGCUUGUCCCAGCCAUCUCCCAUGAUGUUAUCAGGAACAGCGCUGCACAGCUACCCUGGAGUGCAGCCCCCUGAGCUGGCUAAGCCCCAGUCCAGCUUGGCAUUCCAACAAACCUCCAACACACAGCAUAUUCCAAUUGUGUUUGAACCACAGCUCAACCAGCCCUCUGGAAUGGGUGGCUCUCAGCUGAUGGAUACACACAUGCUACAGCGCCAGGGUAUGAGUCAGCAUUCAAAUCUUUACUCUGGACAAGUACAGCAGCAUACACAGAGCAGUUACUACAGCUCAACACAGAGCCCCAGCUCUGCACUACAACAGGUGACUGUUCCUAUGCCUGGCUCUCAGCUAUCAUUGCCAAAUUUUGGCUCUGGCGGAGGUCAGCCUCUGUUGGCCCUGCCCCCUAACCCACCUCAGGCUCAGCCACCCAACAUGAACCGCCAGCCCCCAAGCAGCCAGGCAUACCGUGGCCUUAUUGGCCAGAACACGCACAACAUGAUGCAGCCUUCCAACAAGAUGUGUGAUAUGGACUUAAAACUGUUUGGCACUGGGAUGGAUGUGAAACCUGGAACUCCCCCAGUCAGUGCAAGAAGCACAACCCCUACCUCAAGUCCUUACAGGUAUACACUCUUGGAUACCAGGGCGAGCUCCACAAGCCCCAGCAAUCAGUCUAGUAAGAUAAACAGCAUGUUGUAUCCCAAACAGUUUCAAUCUGGGUCACAAGGCAUCCAAAUCCCACAGCACUUCCCUGGACAGUUCAACCCGCAGCUGUUGUCUCGGCCCAACAUGGUGUCUCCCCUGGUUCGCCCCCCUCACGCUAACUCUUUUCCUGGAGGGGUGCAACGAAACCCCAUGGGUCCCCCAAUGUCCCCAAACCUUAGUGGGGGCCUAAUGCCACACCCAAGACCUCAGCAUCCUCCACGAGGUCCCCCUGGGCCGCCUCUAGCACCUCGUGGCACGCAUGCAGCUCUCAAGGCUGAGCAGGACCUUAAGGCUAAACAAAGAGCAGAGGUACUACAGUCGACUCAUAAGUUCUUCUCUGAGCAGCAGCAGCAGAUGAAGAAUUCAGCUGCUAAAUCUGCUCGUAUGGAUGGAGCAGGCAAGCCCAUUGACAGUGUCGCACCCAACCACCAGGGGGCUCCACAAGAACGCACUGAGCCCGAUAAACCCACAGCUCUCCCUACGACCAAGCCUAUCCGCACCGGUCCCAUCAAGCCCCAGGCCAUCAAAUCAGAGGACAGCAAGUAAACCAACAUCACUUCUGACAGGACUGACACAAUGAUGGAUGCAGUGAUUUGACAGGAGAAUAAUGGUUAGAGGGGAAGAUUUCGUUCGAUUUGUGGAGAUGGGAAACAGGGUUUGCUGGGUGAAUUGUAGCGUGUAAGUAUGCUAUAAUCUGUUGAUCACUCACCUUUGCCCUGUCUUUCUUCUGUUCCACCACUCACUGAUACUCCCAUUGAUCUCCUGUUCUCUCCAUAGUGGAGAUUUUUUUUGUUUUGUAUUUUUAUUAUUUUUUUUUUCCUUUUUUUUCUCCAAUGGACAUAAAAAAAAGCAGAACAUAAAUGACCGUACAUCACUAAUGUACAAUGAAGAGAAAAGGCGAGGGGGGGGGGGAAAGGAAAAUUUGCUGCUAAAUGCACCGUUUUUAUAAUCAAUUCCCACUUUUUUCUCAACUAGAAUCACAUUAGGAGGGCGAUUUAUUCCUUUGUUUAUUGAACGGUCUUCUUAUCCCCUUUUUUCUUUUUGUAGGUAAAGAACGAAAUCUUUGUUUCAAAUGUUUGUUUUUGAUCUUCUUUUUUUUUUCCCCAAGCUUUGCGGUUUAAGCAGUUGAGAAAGACGUGAAAAUAAGCAUCUUUAGCCUGUCUAUGGCCAAUGUUUACUUUCUUUCUCUCUUCCCUGUCACUAUAGUGAAGCAAGUUCUCCUGACCAAGAUGUGCAUCAAAAACAAUACAGUACAGCGUAUAUAAAAUGCUGAAAAAAAAAUCUUUAUGCUUUUUUUAAAGUUCUCCCUUGAGUGCAGUGCAUGGUUAGAGUAACAGAUCCGAUACUUCACGCUGGUGAAUUCAAUUGAUUCAGCGAUGGCUGUCCCUCUACUGCGAGCCUUCCUUCAUACCUUCUUCCUUGAAUUUUUUUUUUCCUGGGAGCUUUGUACGAAAUGCGAGCGUGUAAAAAAAACAACAAAAAAAACAAAAAAAAAAAACCAUUUGGGAUCUUUAGCCAAAGGUUAGGUGUUAUAAGAAGCCCCGAGUUAUACAAAAUGUUUUUUUUAAUUAUUAUUAUCAAAUAAAUGGUUACUAGUUUACUUCA